AUGGGCUCAAUCGAAACGCCUAUCCCCUCCACAUCUCCCCAAAAUCCAUGGGUCACCACACCCCUAACCCACUCCGAAGCCCUUUCAACUGCAGCAGGCUGCAAUAUAUACCUUAAACUCGAAUCUCAUCAGCCUUCAAACUCCUUCAAAUCACGCGGCAUCGGCAAUCUGCUCGUGUCCUCCGUCCGAUCUCCCAAUACCACUAGCACUCCGCACUUCUACUGUGCAUCUGGCGGUAAUGCCGGCCUUGCGUGUGCCACUGCUGCCACUUCUCUUUCUCUCUCUACCACCAUUGUUGUACCGCAGACGACCAAGCCACUUAUGAUAGCCAAAAUUCGUGCACUCGGCGACCGCGUUCGUGUUCUUCAGUUCGGAAAAAAUCUGGGUGAUGCAGAUAAGUACCUUCGGUCUGAGCUGUUAGCACAUGACCCGCAUGGUGUAUAUGUUUCGCCAUACGAUCAUCCGGCCGUCUGGGCUGGCAAUGCCACUCUUAUUGACGAGCUUGCUACGCAAAUUCCGCACUACGAUUCGAUUGUGUGUUCUGUCGGAGGCGGCGGGCUUCUCGUUGGGCUCAUUGAAGGGCUUGAUACUUAUGGCAUAUUACCAGACACGACUAUAGUUGCCGUGGAAACCCGAGGAGCCGAAUCACUAAAUGUAUCUUUGCGCAAGGGUGAACUCCUACGUCUACCUGCCAUUGAGAGCAUUGCUACCAGUCUCGGUGUGUCACAGGUGGCCGCUCAGGCGUUUGAACUGGCAAAGGCAAACGAUGUAAAAAGUGUCGUAAUCAGCGACGCGGAGGCUGCCUGCGCCUGUGCCGUUCUAUGGCAAGCAGAGAACGUUUUGGUUGAGCCAGCAUGCGGGGCCAGCAUUGCCGUGUGUCUAAAUGGUGAUCUUCGUGCUUCAUAUUCACAUUUGACAGACAGAGAAUUCUCAUGCUUGGAUAUAGUAAUAGUGGUUUGUGGCGGAUCAAAUGUCACCACGGCCAUGCUAGGCGAAUGGAUAGACGUGUAUGGCGGCGAGAACGAAGUAAGGGACUGGUUUGUCGGCAACCAGUGGGUUGGCGGAAGUUACCCAAAAAUUUGUGCAGAUGGUCCACUGGAUUCCAUCAUUUGA